CGGCGGGCGGAAGGAGGCGGCCCGGCGGGCACCGGCGGCGGUCAUAUAUUGGAAUGAACUGCAAACAGUAAACAAACACCACAGUAUUUUCAUCAAAGCAGGACACACGGGGACAAGGGGAAUAUUGGUGUUCCAUCUAACUAAGAUCCUCAACAGUGAAGGAGCUUGGAAAAAACCUCCAGUAGGGCUGUUAACACUGAUGAGAGAUCUUGUAUGCCAAGAUUGCCUGUAUUUGAACAGACCACAUCAUGCGUGAGUACAAGCUAGUGGUCCUGGGUUCAGGAGGCGUUGGGAAGUCUGCUUUGACUGUACAAUUUGUUCAGGGAAUUUUUGUUGAAAAAUAUGACCCCACAAUAGAAGAUUCAUACAGAAAGCAAGUGGAAGUAGACUGCCAACAGUGUAUGCUUGAAAUCCUCGAUACAGCAGGGACAGAGCAAUUUACAGCAAUGAGGGAUCUCUAUAUGAAGAACGGUCAAGGGUUUGCACUAGUAUAUUCUAUUACAGCACAGUCCACAUUUAAUGACUUACAGGACCUGAGGGAACAGAUUUUACGGGUUAAGGACACUGAAGAUGUUCCAAUGAUUCUGGUUGGCAAUAAAUGUGACCUGGAAGAUGAACGCGUAGUUGGCAAAGAACAGGGUCAGAACUUAGCAAGACAGUGGUGUAACUGUGCCUUUCUAGAAUCGUCUGCAAAGUCUAAAAUCAAUGUUAAUGAGAUCUUUUAUGACCUGGUCAGACAAAUAAACAGAAAAACACCAGUGGAAAAGAAGAAGCCUAAAAAGAAGUCAUGUCUGCUGCUUUAGACCCACAUCACGCAGCAGCUCUGAGCCAGAUUGCAGGAAUGAAGAACUGUUGCCCAAUUGGAAAGUGCCAGCAUUCCAGAUGUCAAAAAAUGACGAAGUAACAACAUAUCUGAAGAGGCUUCUCCUGUUUUUAUAUAUUAUGUGAAGAAUUUAGAUCUUAUAAUGGUUUGCACAAGGUCCCUGGAAAAAGAAAUUGCUCUGUGUAUAUCUCUUGGAAAUUAAGACAAUAGUAUUUCUCCUUUGCAAUAGCGGUUAACAGAUGUGAAAAUAAAUAUAAUUGACUCUAGUGUAUAAUUAUACAAAAGAGCAUGGAUGCAUUUCAAAUGUUAGAUAUUGCUACCAUAAUUAAAAUAAUUUCAUAUUGACCUUUUUAUCAUCAUUCUUCCCCAUCAAGCACUAAAAAUGUUCAACCAUUAUACUUUAUAUCUAUAAUUAUAUAGAUAUAUACUAUAUGAAUUUUCCCUUUGAACUCACUGCAGCAAGUAACUUUUUGAGUCAUUGACUUCAUUUUAUAUUUAAAAGUUAUGGAAUAUCAUUAUUUUCAUUCUGCCAUUAUAUUCUAAUUAAAAAUGUUUGUGCAUAAUGCUUUGGAAAAAUGGGUCUUUUAUAGGAAAAAACUGGGAUAACUGAUUUCUAUGGCUUUCAAAGCAAAAAUAUAUAAUAUACUAAACCAACUCUAAUAUUGCUUUUGUGUUUUACUGUCACAGAUUAAAUUACAGCUUUUAUGAAUGAUUAAAUUUUAGUACAUUUUAA